UCUGGAGAAAUAUUUUAUCUGUCAUAAAAUUAGAGUGCAAAUUGUUUGUGAUUUGAAAAGCUCUGCAAAAAGUUUAUAAGGAUCUGGUCCCAAUUCUACUCUAAAGCCAUUGGAGCGCGUAGCGCAAUGGGCAGGAGCAGUCGGGUGAUUGUGUCUGGCCUCAAAGGUGUGGGCAAGACAGCAUUGCUCGAAUGUGCAAUUUUUGCCAACACUAUUACUGAUCGGGAGUAUAUUCCAACAAUAGAAGAUACAUACGUCUGCUUGGUUGAGACUGACCGAGGCACUAAAGAGAAGUUAAGGUUUUAUGACACAGCAGGGCUUGAUGUUCGAGGCCCCAAAGCACUGCACUCGCACCAUCAUGGCAUUGCUGACGCAUACAUGCUAGUGUAUUCUACCCUCGACAUGACGUCCUUACAGGCGAUCAUGGAGGUCAAAAAAGAUAUUGAUAAGCACAAAGAAAAGAAAGAUGCAAUUAUUGUGAUAGUCGGAUGCCGCAGCGAUGGACGAGUGUCUCCCGUACGUGAAGCAGCGCAACGAUGGGCGGCAGCUGAGCGACUGCGGCACUGCGACGCAUCAGUGCACAACCGCUCCAGCCUCUUAGAACCUCUUGCUGAACUAGCCUCAAGACUGGCACCCCAGCCCAGCAAGACAUCCUUACCACAGUUCUACAUGGUCGGCAGAAAGUCUAAAGAGUAGUUAAAUUUGUGGUAUUGAUAAUUACUCGAAAAGAUGUAAAAGUGUCAUUGAGACUAAUUGGUAUACAUAUGAUUGACGCUCUGAAAAAUCUGAGAGAAUGUUCCUUGAGACAUUUGACCCAAUUUUAGUGGUUACAGUAUCUCCAAAAAUCGAAUAAAAAUAUAGGCUCUCUAUUUUAUGUAUAGAUUAUAUGUGUAGUGUUAUUGUUACGGCCUUAGCUCGAAGUUUUUAGCGCAGAUACGGUAGUUUCUAUUGUUUCACAAUAUUGUCUCUUGUCUCACAAUAUUGCCUUUUUCGUGGGAAAAAACUAUCCCUUGCACGGACAAAUCCCAUUAUCCCUUUCAACUAAAUUUUCGAAAAUGAAGUCUUAGUAGCAUUUCUCAGUGCUAUUGUCAGUAGGUAGCUAAUUCAUUACUGAAUCCAGAGUCCGGCUUAUAAUUUUUAAACAGAUCAUGGUAAUUGAGUUGCCCGAAGAAACUGCCAUUUUUUAAUAGUGUAAAGCUCGUAGUUGAACAUUUCGUUUCCUCUACAUUUGUCUCUCUUGGAUUAUUAUUACUGUUGUUAUUUAUUAUUAAUUUGGCAAUCCAAGUAUGUGAUUUAACUUUAUAGAAAUAUCGCGGUUCUCAUUUUUACAUACUAAUUAAUUUGUAAGAAGUACUCGGUAAUUUUAAGCGAAGGCGUUUAUAAAGCAAUUUAACCGGUAUUCACAUUUUUUUUAUAGGCGUUUGAUUUACCGAUAGUUAUUUACUAUGAACACUUUUCAAUAUUUUUGUCAGUCUGGAAAAUCGGUUCCCUCGUAUAUUUUGUGUUCGAAGAUAUUUUUUAUUAAUAAGUGUAUUAUUCAUAAUUCGGCGAAUUUCAAAUGAAAUCUUUUGUAUAAAGUAUUAUUAUGCUCGUUAAAUGAGAAAAAGUUCAAUUCUCAUCUCUUUGCUUAGAUUAUUUUUGUGCAUGUGGAUGCCAAGCUCUAACGGCACUCGUGAGCCACUGCCAUGUUGACCAAAAAUUGUGCUGCUCUGUGGCAGCUAUACUUUCAACAAUAGAUCUGACUAUAUAUUUAUAAAUAAAUAAAGUUCAAAUAUUAAGUAUAUUAAACUUU